GCGCCACUCCUCAUCUACCAAAGUCUCUCUGCGGCUUUCCAAUCGCUUCCGAUAAGGACGCAGGCAAGCAUCCCGCUGCCUACGCCUCUGCCCUUGACAUCGCGAGCAAGGCUCUGUCCAAGAUGUCGAACAAGAUCGUGCCCACGGUCUACCGUGCGAUUAUCGAUGACGUGAUUGCCAACGUCUCGGUCGAUUUCGAGGAGUAUGGCAUGGACGAGGACCUGCUUCCUCUCCUCCAGUCUAAAUGGGAGCACAAGCUGCUCGCGACCAAGGUCGCCGACUUCGCCGACCGCGACACUGAAGCUGGCGCAUCAAGUCAGCCGACGCACCAGCCCCCCGCUGCGCGGCCACCAACUAACGGUGUUGAGGUCAAGGCUGAGCCUGAAGACCUGCGCAUACGUGGGGGAGCUUCGGAGGACACCAAGCCUAACAUUGCCCUGUCCGAUGUCGCGCCUCAGCCUCGGCCGGAGCCGAAUGCCGCCGGCUUACUCCCUGGGGACGAGGUUAUUGACAGCGAUCUGGACGACAGUGACGAUGAGCUAGGCAUCGACGAUGGAAUCGAGAAUGGCGAGGGAGACAUCGACAUUGUCUACUGCGUGUAUGACAAGGUUCAGCGAGUCAAGAACAAGUGGAAGACAGUGUUCAAGGAUGGCAUGAUCCACAUCAAUGGCAAGGAUUAUCUCUUUGCCAAGUGUCAAGGCGAGUUCGAGUGGUGA